AAAAAUGAAACCCUAAUUCAUACGUUAGCAGUGCACUAAGCAGCAUUUUGUAUUCUUCAAAGAACUAGUUCACUUUCUCUCCCUAAAAGUUCCAGAAAAGUUGUUCACUUUUCCAGCCCUGGACGUGCUUCAACAAUUUGUUCCUGAGAAUCACAGUAAAGCUUGUGAAAUGAAUACUUCUAUUUGAUUGCUUGUGAGUCGUGUAUUUGUCUCGGAAUGACCAUCGUGCAGAGCUUCCACUUGCAUCUUGGUUGAUUUUGAAUAGGAUGGAUAAGACCCAACUUUCUUGGAACAUUUCAUGACUUUGGCUUUUCACUCUUCCUGUUUGAAGCGUGGACUUUCAGGAAUCAAGUUCGGAAGUUGACUAACAAGCUUUUGGUAACUCAAAGUUUCUGCAAUAUUCCUUCAAACAAAAUGGCAGAUGGUGGUAAAAGUUUUGCAAGGAGGGAUCGUCUUCUUGAGAUCGAGUCAAAAGCUCAGGGUUGGUGGAAAGAGCAUAAUGUUUUUGCAUCUGAGCCGGGACAGAAGCCACCCGGUGAUGGAGAAAAGUUUUUUGGAAACUUUCCAUUCCCGUAUAUGAAUGGAUAUCUGCAUCUUGGACAUGCAUUUUCAAUUUCCAAGGUAGAAUUUGCAGCAGCGUACCACAGACUGAGAGGAGCCAAUGUACUCUUUCCCUUUGGUUUCCACUGCACUGGCAUGCCUAUCAAGGCUGCUGCUGAUAAGCUUGCUAGAGAAAUUCAGCUGUUUGGAAAUCCACCUGUGUUUCCGUCUGCAGUGAAGGAAGAAGUUUGCCAGCCAUCAGAACAAGAGGAUGCAAAUGCCGGCUCACAGCUUCCUGCUGAAAAGUUCAAAGGAAAGAAGUCCAAAGUUGCUGCUAAAACUGGAAGACAGCUAUACCAGUGGGAGAUCAUGCGAAGUUUUGGCCUUUCUGAUCAAGAAAUUUCGCAGUUUCAGGAUCCAUAUAAAUGGCUGACCUAUUUCCCACCUUUAGCAGUUGACGAUUUAAAAGCUUUUGGCUUGGGUGUUGACUGGAGGCGUUCUUUUGUAACUACAGACAUCAACCCAUACUUCGAUUCGUUUGUGAGGUGGCAUAUGAGGAAGCUCAAAGCAGCUGGUAAGAUUGUGAAAGAUAAAAGAUACGCAAUCUUCUCUCCUCUUGAUGGACAACCAUGUGCAGACCAUGACAGGGCUUCAGGUGAAGGGGUCCAACCUCAAGAAUACACUAUAAUCAAGAUGGAGGUUAUUCCACCAUUUCCUGCAAAAUUGAGUGCUUUAGAGGGCAGGAAAGUAUUUUUGGCUGCUGCAACAUUGCGACCUGAGACCAUGUAUGGCCAAACAAAUGCUUGGGUGUUGCCAGAAGGAAAAUAUGGUGCUUUUGAAAUUAGUGAGACUGAUGUUUUUAUUGUUACCGAAAGGGCAGCCCUUAACCUUGCAUAUCAGAACUACUCUAGGAUCCCAGAGAAGCCAACUUGCUUGGUUGAGCUUACUGGUCAUGACUUAAUUGGUUUACCUCUGAAGUCUCCGCUUGCACAAAAUGAAAUCAUUUACACUCUGCCCAUGCUAACUAUCUUGACAGAUAAAGGUACUGGGGUAGUUACGAGUGUUCCUAGUGACGCUCCUGAUGAUUUUGUGGCUCUUAAUGACUUGAAGGCUAAACCAGCUCUGCGAGCAAAAUUUGGUGUGAAAGAUGAAUGGGUUCUUCCCUUUGAGAUCAUACCCAUUAUUAAUAUUCCUGAAUUUGGAGAUAAGCCUGCUGAGAAAGUUUGCACUGAUUUGAAAAUUAAGAGCCAAAAUGAGAAAGACAAGCUUGCCGAAGCAAAGAGGUUGACUUAUUUGAAGGGUUUCACUGAAGGGACAAUGCUUGUUGGUGAGUUUGCUGGGGAAAAGGUUCAGGAUGCCAAGCCAAAAGUCAGAAGUAAGCUUUUGGAAACAGGUGAAGCCAUUAUGUAUAGUGAGCCUGAAAAAAAGGUCAUGUCCAGAUCAGGAGAUGAAUGUGUUGUGGCGCUAACAGACCAGUGGUAUAUCACUUAUGGUGAACCUGAAUGGAAAAAACUUGCUAAGGAGUGUUUAGAAUCAAUGAAUUGCUUCUCUGAUGAGACUCGUCAUGGUUUUGAGCACACCUUGAGUUGGCUUAACCAGUGGGCCUGCUCAAGGUCGUUUGGCCUAGGGACCCGCAUUCCUUGGGAUGAGCAGUAUCUAGUGGAGUCCCUUUCUGAUUCUACCAUAUACAUGGCUUAUUAUACCAUUGCUCAUUUCCUGCAAAAUGGAGACAUGUAUGCAUCUCAUACUGGUUCCAUAAAACCAGAACAACUUAGUGAUGAAGUAUGGGAUUAUUUAUUUUGUGGUGGUUCAUAUCCUCAGUCUUCAGAUAUCAAUCCUAAUGUGCUUAACCAGAUGAAGCAGGAAUUUGAAUACUGGUAUCCUUUUGAUCUUCGGGUGUCUGGCAAGGACCUUAUCCAGAACCACUUGACAUUUAGCAUUUAUAAUCACACUGCAAUAAUGGACAAACGCCACUGGCCCCGUGGGUUCAGAUGUAAUGGACACAUUUUGUUGAAUGCUGAGAAGAUGUCUAAGUCCACUGGGAACUUCAGGACUUUACGAGAAGCUAUUGAAGAAUUCUCUGCUGAUGCAACACGUUUUGCCCUGGCUGAUGCUGGUGAUGGUGUAGAUGAUGCAAAUUUCGUGUUUGAGACGGCAAAUGCAGCAAUUCUCCGUCUCACAAAAGAGAUUUCAUGGAUGGAAGAAGUUCUUGCUGCAGAUUCUGCUCUGAGAGCGGGUGAGCCAUCUACAUAUGCUGAUCGGGUGUUUGAAAAUGAAAUCAAUUUAGCGAUAAACCUGACUGAGCAAAGCUACCAGAACUACAUGUUCCGAGAAGCUCUAAAAACUGGAUUUUAUGACUUGCAAGCUGCUAGGGAUGAAUAUAGGUUCUCUUGUGGGGCUGGUGGCAUGAACAGGGCUUUGGUACAACGUUUUAUGGACAUUCAGACACGGCUAAUCACACCGAUUUGCCCUCAUUACGGAGAGUAUGUUUGGAAGGAGCUUUUGAAAAAGGAAGGUUUUGCAAUAAAAGCUGGGUGGCCUGUUGCUGAUGCACCUGAUUUAACCCUCAAGAGCGCAAACAAAUACUUACAAGAUUCUAUCGUGCUGAUGAGAAAGCUCCUGCAAAAGCAAAUUCUGGGUUCCAAGAAGGGCAACAAAAAAGGAGCCCCUGUUCAACAGCUUACAGAUGACAAGCGCUUGACUGGCUUAAUUUAUGUCAAUGAUAGAUAUGAUGGAUGGAAAGAAGAUUGCUUGAAAAUACUUCAAAGCAAAUUCAACUCUGAAAAUAACAGCUUUGCUCCCGACAGCGAAAUAAUGGAAGCACUGCAGAAAAGUGAAUUAGGUAAGGCUACAAAUUUCAAACAAAUCCAAAAGCUGUGUAUGCCAUUCUUGAGGUUCAAGAAGGACGAGACUCUUUCUUUGGGUCCGCAUGCCUUGGAGUUGCAACUUCCUUUUGGCGAGAUGAAAGUCCUUUUGGAGAACCUUGACUUGAUCAAGAGGCAGCUUGCACUCGAGCAUGUAGAGAUCUUGUCGUUUCGAGAUGAAGAAUCUGUUGCCAAGGCUGGAACUCUACUGUCAGUCCUCAGGCAAAACCCUCCAUCCCCUGGUAAUCCUACAGCCAUCUUUUUGUCAGCUUGAUGAAAACUAGAAUUUAUUUUUGAAUUUUUGCUUUGUCAGUAUAAUAAACUCUUUCAAAUCAUUGUUUGCAUAUUUUUCGUUAAAAGAAAUUUGAUUAAAUGUUUUAUCUGGAGGACUUGUGAGCAAUUUUUCUUUUUCGUUCCUUGAAAGUUUUCUUAAUGGAGUUUGAACUUUGAACUUUGAACUUUGAAGUAUUUGGGAUUUGUAUUGUUCAAGGAAAAUUUGUUAUCUAAAAAAAAAAAAAAAGUGAGAGUUAGAGAUUGUGUGAAUAUUCCAGUUGAAA